AUGCUAAUGUUUACAUGUUUCAGUUCUACUGCCUUGUAUUUAAACUCAAUUCAACAACAAAUAUCUACUCAAAUUAAAGGAAAAUUCGUUUGCAUUUCAGUAAAUACAGUUUCAAAUUUACAUUCUAGUUUAGAUUCCGUUCGUCCUUUUGUUGAACAAUUUAUAUUUGCACGAAUAACUUUAAUUGCUUUCUUCACUACACCAUCGAACCGAUUAGUAAUAAUGGAUAACGUUCGCUUUAAGAUUAUUCAAAAAGGAUUCAAUUUAAUCAGCAAAAUACGACAUAACUUUGAUGACUUUUAUGAGAAGGAAUUCCAACCACUUGAGGAUUGA